AUGGCUACUCCUGCCGAGUCGGUGCAGACAAGUACGACAGCCCCACAAGCAGCGGCAUUGAGAACCAGCGGAGCCCAACAGGGCCACGAACAGCCGACUGCCCAGCCAGGCGCAGGCGCAGGCGCGUAUGCCAACACGCACGACCAGCACGCUGCAUCGGCAGCAGUGACCGCCGCCCCUGCGCAUGCGGCAGCGCCCUCAAGCAGCAACUCUACAGCAGGAGGCGCGGGCCAACAAGGCCAGCAACAACACCAGCACCACCUCCACCACCACUCUUCCAGUGGCCCAGCUGCUGCUGCUGCUGCUGCUGCUGCUGCUGCUGGAGCAGGAUCUUCGUCGUCCUCUGCUGCUGCCACCUCGGUUGGGGUCCCGCAUGCGGGUGUGCCGGGCAUCGCGACCCCGCCGACCGUCGCCGAACGCAAAAUCACCGACGAGUUCAUCUAUCUCAUUGAAAAGUCGCAGGAGCUCUUCCACGGCCUGCGCGACCUGCCGCAGUAUGGCCAGAAGCACUGGCAUCCGCAUUUCGCCCGCACCUUCGACGUGUACACGCGGCUGUGGAAGUUCCAGCAGCAGCAUCGCCAGGUGCUUGAUCUCAAGUACGGACUCAAGCGUUGGGAAAUUGGCGAAAUCGCCUCCAAGAUUGCACAGCUGUACUACCACUACUACUUGCGCACCAGCGAAACAAGUUACCUGUUUGAAUCGUUUGUCUUUUACGAGGCGAUUCGCUCACGCAUGUACUUUUCUGCUGUGAUGCGAGAAAAGAAAGCGGAGUUGGCCAUCAAGAAGCUGCGAUACUAUGCUCGCUUUAUUGUCGUGUGUCUGCUGCUCAACCGACAUGAGCACGUGGCCGACCUUGUUGUCAAGCUGAAGGAGCAUAUUGAAGAGUACAUUGGCACCUUCAAGCCCUCCGACGGUGCCGAGUGGCAGCUGGUGCUGCAAGAGCUGCAGGCAUUCCUUUCGGCCGAUGCAGUGCUCCUCAUCUCGGAUCAAACGAACGCCAUCAUCUCGUCGGCGCUAAAUCACCGCCUACCGCUUGAAGAUUCUACUGCCAACAUCAUUCUUCCUUCGCUGCAAAAACCUCGAGUCAAGCCAGUCUUCUUCCUGCGCCUCCAAGAAAGCAUUCUUGUCGGAGCGUCGCAUCAGCAAAUCAAAUUCAGCGAACUCACGUUGGACAUGUACCGCAUGCUUCAAGCCCUCGAGCGGACGCCCGAGCCUCGAUCGCAGAGCGGUGCAGGCUUGCAACUGGAGGCCAUUAAAUCUGAUGCACGUGCUGACGAUGAAAAGAAUCACCAUCAAGAUGGCACCACCGCUCUAGCUCGCCGUGCAAACCCGCACAAAUACUUGCUAUACAAGCCAACGAUUAGCCAGCUGCUGCUCUUCCUGGUGACGGCACACAAGGAGCUCAAUCCGAAUGGAGUUUUGUUGUUGUAUGUCUCUGCCGAUGGGUUGGCUGCCAAAGCUGAUCAAGGAGCUUACUCUACUGGUGGUGUGCACAUGUCGUCCCGUGCUGAGACGUCACCCAGCGGAGCCGAAGUCGAACCCAACAACGCGAGCGCGAGUGUUUCUGCCAAGGCUCUGUAUCUUGCAGACAUUUUGGCCUUCACUCGCAAGCCAUUCUUUGUGAUUAUCGAUAGUCCCAACAGUCAAGCAUUUGCUAACAUGCCAAAUUCCUUUGGCCAACCGACCAUGUCACUCAUGUCGCCCGCAUCGUUCGGCAAGCUGGCGAAUUCAGAAGAGUCGCAACGCGGCAGCUUGUUUACGCUCUUCCUGUAUUCCCCUUUGCUCGCCCUCGCGCACAUUUCCGGGCUGACGGACUUGGCGCGCGCCCGCUGGGACAGCGCCGCCGUGCAACUCGACCGCUUCAACGGGCACGUGCUUCGUGCACUUGACAGCGCCGAGGACACGGAUGUCGCCAUCCUCAGCUUCCUCUUUGAUGACUUUUUGCGUCACCAGAUUCUGCGCUUUGUCUUGUGUGCAAUCACCAUGCGGCAUCACAAGGAAACUCGCAACGUGCCUUCCAAUCAGCCGCAGAGCUCGCCGGCCAUUCCAUCGAGCGUUUACGAACAACCUGGCGUCGUGAAUGCCUUCAAGGAGUUGGUCAACGAACUUCGUCUGGUCGGCAACCUCAUGUCUCGCGGGCUCAAGCUCGGCAUUGUCCAUCUGGGCAAAGUGUGUGGCAAGCACAAGUACAUGCUGAUUGAUGUCGUCGACAUCCCUUUCGUCCGCCAGUUCUGCUACCACGCGAGCUUGGAGGUCGAUCGCAAUGGAAAUGCAGCCAAGAUUUUCGCAUAUGCCUUCGAGCCGGCCGAGUCCUCGCGAGCGAACGGGCCCGGCGGUCGAGUGCUCACGUCAUUCGCCACCGCCACGCCGGCUGCCCGACAGCAGCUGCUCAUGUCCAUGAUUAUGCGUGAAACCACGAGUAGUAGUAAUGGCGUCGGCGGCGGCGGCAGUUCGCCCGCUGCCAGCUCGAGCUCUGCUGCUGCACCGGGCCUUGAAAUCCCAUCCGUAGGCUCGUCUUCGUCGCCUCCCGAAAGCCCGGCUUCUUUGAAUUCAAGUUCUGCACCAAACGCUCAUUCGGCCUCGGCUGAUGGACAUUUCCACGAGCUACUGUGGUUGCAUCAUAAGGGCGCCAUACCGGCAGGUUGCCAUGUCGUCCAUCGAAACGGAAUUACAGUGGAUAAUCGGUUGAGCAAUCUGGAAUUGGCUCCACUGAGUCGCGGCGAUGGCGAUUUUAGCAACAUGGAUCCCACAGACGUUGAUAUUCGAACAAGCGAGACAAGCCUUUAUCGUGCAGCGCUGACGCAGCUGCCGCCGUACCGAGACGACGAGCUUGCGUCAAUAAAUCCCGGCACUCUCGCCUCGGACGACGACACUGUUGAUGCCGUGAACGCACCGCCACUGGCGCUUGCUGACCCUGUGCCAGCCACAAGAACCACAAUCGCACCACCCCUUGCUCUGACGUCCGGCCCCGCUCGCUUGGACUCUGUCGCAUCCCCGCUGCACUUCAUGAUCAACACGGUCGGUGGAGUGGCGCGUGAUUGCGUCGUAUUUGCACCCACAGUUCUCAACGGGAAUGGAGACAUGUUCGAGGACGCGACUUCUCCAGACUGCGCGUUGCUCUACGAAUGCCACCACAGCCCGUGCUGCAAGUUGGAGCCAGAUUUACGCCAGUUUAUGGUGUGCUCGCGAUGUCGUCAUGUUCGGUAUUGCGGUGAGCGCUGCCAGCAGCUUGAUUGGAAGCAUCACCGCAAAGAGUGUCGUCUACCGUCCACUGAUCCGCCACAAAAUUCCCGCCGUGUCGUCUCUGAGCGGUCAAGUUCGACGCCGCAAGUCUUGCCAGCAUUGCGCUAG